AUGAAGAAUAGAAGAUUUCCAAAGAAGAAUAAAAAUAAAAAUAAAACAGAAAUUAAACGUGAAUUGAUUACACAGAAUGAUUAUUAUGAACAAGGUACAUUUGAAGAAGAACAAGCUGAACGUUGGUUACUUUCAGAUAUUAAAAAAAGUUUAAAAUUUUAUUUAGAAGCAUUCAAUUUAUAUGAAUUAGGGUUAAAGAACUUAAAUGAAUCAAAUGAUAAAAUAAUUUAUAAUUUACUGUAUAAUAAAAGUAGAUUAUUAUUACAAAUUUAUACGGAUUAUUUAUCAAAUGAUGGAUAUAUUAAUAUUUUAAAAUAUAUUAAAUUAGAUGAUAUUAAUAAUAUUAAUAUAAUUUUAAAAAAUUUACCUGAAAUUGUUAAUAUUUUAGAAAAUGUUUACAAUCAAUUUGCAAAUAAUAAUUUAAUUGAUAUUUGGGAUUUGCAGUAUAAUUUAUUAACAUCAUAUCUAUCGUUAUUAGAGACGAAUGAAUUUUACAAAAUUUCAAGUGGUGAAAUUAUUCAAAUUUCAAAUAAAUUUAUUGAAUUAUCACAAUUAUUGAUCAAGAGACAAAUUAAUGAAUUAGAAAAUUGGUCAAAUUUUUCAAUAAAUGAAAAAGAAGAUUCAAAUUUAAUUCAAGAUAAAUUAGAUGAGGAUUCAAAUUCAGUUAAUCUAAAUAAAGAUGGAUCAGGUAUUGUUAUAAAUCGCAUAAAUAAUAAUUCUCAAAGGGAAGAAAUUAUGGAAGUUUCUGAUCAAAUUACAAUUGAAACAUUAUCAGAAGUAAUAUUAAAUUGUUAUAAAUUUAUUGAAAUUAUAAUUGAAAUUAUUAUACAGAAUAAAUUAGUUUUAAAUAUUGAUAUAUCCGAAAAUGAAAAAUUAAAUGAUGUUCAAAUUAAUUAUUUAAUUGAUUUAAUUGAUAAAUUAUAUUUACAAUUAGAAGAUAUUGAAAGAACAGAAUUUAAUGAAUUAAAUUUAAAUUUAACUGAAAUUAAAUUAAUUAAAUUUAGCAUAGAAGGUGAUAAAAAAAUUUUACAAGGUGAUUUAAAAGAAUUUUUAAAAUUUCAAGAAAUUAAAAUAAUUGAAUCAAAUUUAGAAAAUCUAUUAUCAUAUCAAAUGAUUAAAAUUGAUACAUUAGAAUUAUCUAUUGAAUGUUUUACAAAUCAAGACUCUAUAAUUGAAUGGGAAUUAUCAAGUUUAUUAUCAAAAAAACUAACUGAAGUAAUUAAAAUUCUAUCAACAAAGAGAAAUAAUAUAUUAACUAAUAAUAUAUAUGAUCAAUUACAAAUGGAUCAAUUAAGUGAAAUUGUUUUUAAACUUUGCACUAUUUAUAUUACAAAUUCAGAUAACGAAUUAAGAAGAUAUUCAAUUAAAAUGAUUGACAAUAAUAAUAAUAAUAAUAAUAAUAAUAAGGAUGAAACUUCAAUGAAAGUAUCGUUAAUAUUAAUGAAAAAUGCCAAGACUUUACUUUUAAAUGCACAAAAGAUUUCAAAACAAUCGUGUGGAAUGCAAGAAACUAUAGUUGAUAAAUUGAAAAGAAAUUACAUAUAUAAUCAAGCUACAAGUCGUCUUCAAUUGAUGGAGUACUAUGAAAAUCAAAAUGCUAUGAUAGAAUCAACUACAGCAUCACAACAACCUAAUAUUGAAUCCUUGGAUAUGGAAAUUCAAGAUUUACUUAAGGAUCAUCCAUUUUAUUCAAGAUUACUUUAA